GGUGAUAAGGCUUUGGGCGGUUUGGCUCGCUCAAGUACAGCGGCUCUUUGGACUCGACAUUGCACGCUUUUCUGUUGGGGACAUCGAGCAAAUAUGAUUGUCGUAAAAAUCGACCCACUGCCCUAAGAAGAAGGCAGAGAGCAGGUCUUGCUGGGAAGCUCUUCCAAAUCAACCAUGGGUAAAAUCAGUGCCUACAAGAUCAACUUGGGCUAUGAGGAUGAAAUGUCCUUGGAAGGCUACAGGUGGACCCUAGGAAGAGCGGUUGCAGGAUGGAUUGCAGUUGUCUUCUGUGCCGGCAUUCCGCUGAUACUUGCUUCGUGGAAACGGAGCAUCUUACUCAAGUUCACUCAUCAUUCCUGCCAUCCUAAAGAAGCGCAUAAGGUCCUGCUCAAGGAUAAAUACAUGCAGGAAUUUGUUGAGACUGUGUGUCGGAGUGAUAGACCUCUAAAAGACGGCACCAACUUGACAUACUUUUACAACAAGCACAUCAAGUACACCUGGAAGGACGAUUUGCAACGCUUUGUGAAGAUUGAUGGUCUGGAAGUAGACAGCUGUCAAGACUUCUACACAAUGUCAGCUGGUCUGUCAUCUGCUGAGGUUGACUACCAGCAGUACCUGUUUGGAACAAACUCCCUGUCAAUUGAAAUGAAGCCCAUCUACAAGCUAGUGCUGCAUGAGGUGUUUAGUCCAUUCUACAUCUACCAGAUGUUCAUUGUGGCAGUCUGGCUGAUCCAGCUUUACUACCAGUUUGGAGUCUGUGUUAUCAUCCUCUCCGUCAUCUCUGUAACUGUCUCCGUGUGGCAAACCAGAAAGCAAACAAGGGCCCUCAAGGAAGCAGUUCACUCAGAAUCAACACUGACAGUUUUGCGUGAUGCAUUGGAGGUGACUGUGUCUUCUAAAGAGCUGGUUCCUGGUGACGUCAUCAUUAUUCCCGAGCAGCAGCACACCAUGGAAUGCGACGCUGUUCUUGUCAGCGGUGAUUGCAUCGUUAAUGAGAGCAUGCUCACAGGAGAAAGCUUCCCUAUCACCAAAGUUCCAGUGUCUGCAGAAGAUGGCUUCUCAUGCACUGCCAACAAGAGAAACACACUCUUUUGUGGAACAACUGUACUGCAUUCAAGAGCCACCAGCAGCAAGAAUGUGAAGGCCGUCGUUUACAGAACAAGCUUCAGCACUAUGAAGGGGGAACUGGUGAGAACAAUUCUUUUCCCCAAACCAGUGCACUUCAAGCUGUACUCGGAUGUCAUGAAGUCAAUGGUGAUUUUUCUCAUACUCGGUAUUCCUGCAAUGAUCUACACUGGCAUUGUAUUCAAGAGCUUAAAUGCGUUUGUGAAGGACAUUGCAAUCAUUGUGAUUGAUGUGGCCACCUUUGUGGUUCCACCACUCCUGCCAGCUGUGCUGACCAGCAUCAAUGCAUCGGCUCAGAAACGACUUAAACAACGGGGCAUAUACUGCCUCAACUCUCGCUGUAUCAACUUUUGCGGAGGGCUCGAUGUCGUCUGCUUUGAUAAGACCGGAACUUUGACAGAAGAUAGUCUGGACAUAUCUGCAGUUAUUCCAUCUGAGAAUGCUAUUCUGCAACCGGUCAUUCAAGAUUUGACACAUCUGCCACACAGCCCACUACUUGUUGCACUGGCAACAUGCCACUCCUUGCACAUGAUAAACGGGGAAAUGGUUGGCUACUCACUGGAUACUAAGACCUUCCAGGCUAUUGACUGGGUAUUGGAAGAACCGGAAUCCACUGAUGCUGUAAGCUUUGAGAGGACUCCGGCACGUAUUGUGAGGCCACGGAACAUGGUUGAGGGUGACGUGUCCAUUGGCAUUGUGAGGCAGUUCCCUUUCGAGUCUCAGCUCCAGAGGGCGUCGGUGGUCAUCACCCCUGCCGGAAGCAACCGGUUCCAGGUGUAUGCCAAGGGCGCUCCAGAAACGAUAAUACGGAUGUGCACCGAAGAAUCAGUCCCUAGCGAUUUCACAGAAACACUUGAAACCUACACGAGGCAUGGACUUCGCAUUUUAGCAGUGGCUUCUAAAGUUCUGCCAGAUGACACCACCUGGGAUCAGGCAAUGCACUUGUUACCAAGAGUAGAACUCGAAUAUGACCUGCAGUUCAGGGGCUUCGUCAUUCUUCAGAACAAACUGAAGCCCGAGAGUGCACCUACCAUUGCAACUCUGGAGGGAGCAUCCAUAAAGACUAUCAUGGCCACAGGGGACAACCUUUUGACUGCAGUGGCAGUGGCUCAUGACUGUGGCAUGAUUGAAGAAAGUGAUGCUGUCAUAGAGAUGGAUGCCCAGACCACACAGUAUGGUGACAUGAAGGUCAGCUACAGCUACAUCAAAUUCCCUGGCCUCAGUGAGAAGCUGCCGCUGGGCCAUGGUGCAUCUGGCGAUGUUGCAGUUCCGUUUCUUUCUGAAUCCACUUACCACUUGGCUGUGGAUGGAAGGACGUUCCAUCUUAUUCGAGCACACGACAAUGCUCUGUUCAAGAAGCUAGCACACAAGGGGAAGGUUUAUGCGAGGAUGCUUCCUGAACAGAAGCUGCAACUCAUUGAAGCCCUUCAAGAGAUUGGGCACCAGGUGGGCAUGUGUGGGGAUGGUGCCAACGACUGUGGUGCUCUCAAGGCUGCUCAUGCUGGGGUGUCCCUCUCUGUGGCCGAAGCAUCUGUGGCAUCACCCUUCACUGCCCAGAAGCAAAACAUCAAGUGCAUGCUUGACGUGAUAAGGGAAGGACGUGCAACAUUAGCAGCAACAUUUGGAGCUUUCCGGUACAUGGUGUGCUACUGUUUCGUGCUUCUGGCUGGUGCACUGUUCCUCUUUUGGGAUGGACAAAAGCCGUCUGAAGGUGCCUAUGUCUUCAUAGACAUUGUCGUCAGUCUGGUUCCUCCUAUGAUAUUUGGAACGACAGAACCAUUUUUCACCUUGGUCAAGAAGGUGCCUGCACGGAGCCUCUCGAAUUUCUUGUCCAUCUUCUCCAUUCUGUCAUUUAUCGUCAUACAGACAAGCUUCCACCUUCUCGCAUACUUCUUUUGCAUUCAGCAACCAUGGUACGAGCCUUUUGUUUUUGACAGGAGCAAAGUGCACAUCCCACCCCCAACUCACGUGGCUACUGCAGUGCUCAGCGUCAACUGCAUGUCUUACGUUAUUGCGGCUGUUGUUUUUUCACCUGGUCCACCCUUCAGGAAGAGCAUAAUUUCAAACAAGUUAUACCUUUUGGUGGUCAUUAUGGAGUUCCUGAUUGUCUCAUACGUCACCUUGUAUCCAGCAGACUUCAUAAGGAGAUACAUUAAUUUCAAGGAGGCUCCCAAGUUUGAAUUCCAUGCCUUCCUCUUUGUCCUGUCCUUGCUCAACUUUGUCAUUUCAUACUUGUGGGAGGUCUUCUUUGUCCAGCACUUCCUCUUCAACAGAGUGCAGCCGUGGUUGCGCAGCUUAAGAGGCCCAAUCCAUCUCUAUGAGAAGAUUGAGAAGGACCUCUCCCACAACCCCAAGUGGCCCCCCGUGGGAAAUCCCCUGGAUUCACCCUGCGGCGUGCCACCGCCCUCUCCUGACUACGAUCCUGACACAGCCCUGAUGAGAUUUUCGGCAAGCAACAAGGCUGCAGCACGUAGUCGCUUUGGUGCUGGAGAAACCGAUGAAAUGGGUCAAGUGGAAAUGCCAUCGCUAUCCUUCUCAACAUUCCGUGGCAGCAGAAAGAAAUGACCCGAGGGCAGACUCUCUUAGACAUGGAUGGCUCACAGAUUCUGCUGACUGGAUAAAGGGAGGAAGCAUUGUAAAUUCUUCAAUGAAAAGAAUUUUGACAGCAUUUAUCUAUUUACUGCAUUUGAGCUGUUAUAUAGUCUAACCACUUCGAGGAAACGAAGUGUUUUUUGUGUGGUUUGUGUUGUUUGAUAUUAGUAUCUUAGGAAAAUGAGUCAAUAAAAGGAAUACUUUGAUGUUUAAACCUAAAGAAAAGUUACACUAAGGCAAGAAGGGGUACUGUUGAUUACCUGUUACAUAUAGAGAUGCAGGGAACUAUCAAAAUGGUCAUUGUAGUUUUUUAUAUUUCUAGCAAGAAUAAGUGCUACAUAUCAUGUCACAGUUGUGGUUUUAUUGUGAUGUUGCUGCUGUUGGUUAGAUAUGUGAUAAGUUAAUUGAUUUGUUUUUAACUGGUGAUACUACAUAGCAAACGAGUGUGUUGCAAGAUUCAACAGAGCAUUGCACAACUCAUGUGGAGCAUAUAUGAUGAUAGCUAGUGGCAUAGCAAGAAUUUCUGGGUGGGAUGGGUCAUGUUUGAGCAAAUCAAGAGUUUGAAACAAAUGACUAUCCCUAGACGCUUUCCCAAUUCAUCAUUUUAGAAAUAGCUGGUGCCAGCUGGAGGAAAAUGAGGUUCGAGGAUGGAAUUUUCAAGAUGAAACAAUGUGCGGAUUAGGAAGGAGAGGGAAGAGGUGUCUUCAAACAAUGUGGGGGGCAGAAAGAAGCCACAGUAGGCACCAAAGGGACUUUGGGAGAGUGCAAUCUGGGUCACAGCUGCUCAAUGCAGCCAACAGGAUCUAGCUUCCUUGGUUGAGAAAGCUGUUCCUUUCAUGCCAAUAGACUAGGAGUGUGGUAGGAUGUGCCAGAAUCUGGGCACAUUACUGCAAGGAUUUUUUUUUUUUUUUGUUACAAUAGGGAUAAUGUUUUUUAUUUGUUAAUUUGUGUUGUGCUACAAUUAAACAUUUUUCGUGAGCAUAGCUUUUAAGUCAAUUGUUUCCCUUCUUUGUAGUUAUCUGAAAUAAACUAUCUAAACUUUGAGGUCAAUGCUAGAAUAGACCCUUUUCAAUAUUCAGUGCCAUCUGGUGGCUGAAAAAGCAGUUUAAAUUUUUGACAAACUAAUGGCGGCCGUGAAACUACUUCAUUGGGCACCACCACUUUUGCCCUUCAGUGGCAGAUGGGAAUUGGUUGUUCGAUAAACUGGUAGCUCUUUCUUGAUUUCUUUCAGUUGCGAUGGUGUGAACCAACGUUAUUAGAUUAGCACAGUUACGGAACUGCUCAUAGACGCUGCUUGCACCAGCAGUACCCCCUUUUCACAACACGACUCGCCUCCCAUCGUUCAACGCGCUGGGCAGCGGCUAUGGUAGCUACAGUGUAUUCUAUCGAGUGUGUAUGUUUUGAAGCACAGCGUCUAGAUGGUGUUCCACCAUACUCUAUGGAACACGCAGUUAUGAAACAAAAAUCUAGAUGGCGUUUCAAACGACGGGAGGCGAACUGAAGUGAGUGAGGGGGGUGCCCCCUUCUGCAGAAGUUCCACAACCGAGGUAAUCUAGUUACAUUGGUGUGAACAUAAGAACUAACAAGUAUGAAGCAGCGAUCCAUAAGCCCUUUGAUUAUAUUUCCGCUAUCAAAAGGCUGUAGCAUCAAACUGGUGCCAAGAGAUUGAUUAAACCACACUCCGAAAUAAAUGUUUACGCAGCCACUGUA